GGCUGCCCUGGGUCAGGCCUGGCCUCCCUCCCCUCAGUGUGGCUUCUCAAGGUCUGCCAGGGACUUGGGUCUAGAAAGACCAGUGGCCUCGGAGGCCUGAGACCUGGGCCUGGCUCCGCCCCAUCCAGGUGUCCAGACCGUGGGCUCCAGAUCCCCUAAAUGUCCCUGACUUUGCUCAUCUGUAACAUGGACGGUGACCCUGAGCUUGUGAACCGCAGAGACCUAGACUCACGGAGGACUGGUGACCUUAGCUCUCGUGCUGCCCAGGACGGCGGGAGGGGACCGAGUUCUCACUUACACACCUGACACUGAAGUGCCUAGAACAUCGGAAAGGAAAUGUGACUCGUGAAACGGUGUAAAGACAGAGGACAGGCCCAAAGCAGGAGAGACCCCGCGUCCUUGGCUCUAAGAUGUGACCUUGUGCCUGGCCAUCGGCUGGUCCUGCCUUGUUGGCCCAGGCUGAGCCCCCAGGGAGACAGCCGGCCAUGGGCACCUGCUCAGAAGACCCCGACCUGUGCAGGGCCUCCUGGCUCCUAGGAUUCACCAGCCUCCUCCUCAGCGUCUGCAGCUCUGUGACCCAGAGUGCUGGAGCCCAUGGUUCUGGAGUUGAGGAUUCUGGAAUCCCUGUUUCUCUGAAGGGGGCUCAAGGAGGUUCUGUGUGGUUUCAUGUGAUCAGAAAUCCAGAAUUACCUCCAGAGGUCGAGCUGGAGAAGAUUUCUUGGGGCAAUGUAUCCAGGGCCAACUACAUAGUCAUGCUGCACGUGUUUCCUGGGAGAGAUGUUCCAGAAUGGGUCAACUUCCAGGACAAGUUUGAGAAGAGGGUCCAUGUGCUCAACAUAACGACCCUGAGGAUUGACAACCUGACCCUUGAGGACAGUGGGCGGUACCGGGCUCGAGUCUGCUACAGGCGAGGAAGACAAUAUGACCAGGAUUUCCGCCUGAGGGUCUAUGAGCCCGUGCCCCUUCCCCAGAUCCGGGGCACCGUUCUGUCCCUCACACCAGCCUGGUGCAACGUCACUGUGGAGUGUGACGCCAACGGAACCAGGGAGGACCUGACCGUGACCUGGGAGAGCGAGGGUCCCUCCAGGGAGCUGGAGCAGAGACCCGCCCCAGGACCAGCCCCCAAUCCCUGGACCAUGGCUGUGAACCUGCCCCCGAGCCAGCCCAACACCAGCCUCACCUGUGUGGUCAGCAACCAGGUGGACCAGAAAACUGCCACUCGGGACCUUGGGGACGUCUGUGGCCACGAAACAGAUCCACCAGGACAGACUGGUGCUGCCCUCCUAGGAGGCAUCCUGGGGGCUGUCGUGGUCGUGCUGCUGAUCCUCGGAGCUGGACUGGUCCUUUGGAAGAGACUUGGGAAGAAGAGGAAGUUGGAGCCUAGGAGAGGUGCAGGAUCGCAGAAGGAGCAUGGGGACCCAGAUGGCGGCAUCCACUAUGCAGAGCUGAGCCAGCAGGAAGCUGGAGACAACAGGGACAAGGGUAAGGGUGCACCUCAUCUAGAAGAGGAGAAGCUUCUCACUACUGUCUACAGUGAGAUCCGCAAACCAGGCCAGGCCUUGAGCAUCAUUUAACGGGAAGAAGCAGGAGCAUCCCGCCCUCCGGGGACACCUGCUUGUGAGCCUGAUGCCCACAGCUCAGGUCCUGCCUCCUCCCCCUCUCACUGCUCUGAGCAGGGACUGCAUGGAUCCAACCAUCAGUUAUUUCUAUGCUAAAUCGUUCUGCAUAAGUUCGCCAUGAGACACACACAGUGGUAGAUCAGGGGGAAACUGAAAAAAUAAAUUGGUACAAACCUGUUCCAGGACCGCCUAGCCUCAGCUACCUCAGCAACCCUAGUUGGCCCCGGCUCUAUCCCUCGUCUGUAUGACGUCAAACUGCCUUUCAGACCCUCACCCUUUGGGACAAACCAUGGUGAAUUCACAACACCCGCCUCAACCAGUUUGAAUACCACCCAGCGUCAGUUAUGUGCUGAGAGACAUAUGUUCACAGACAAUACGAGGGUCGCCUGGGUGGCUCAGUCGUUAAGGGUCUGCCUUCGGGUCAGGUCAUGACCCCGGGGUGUUGGGCUCGAGCCCCACUCAGGCUCCCUGUUCAGCCUGGAGCCUGCUUCCCCCUCUCCCUCUA